ACCUGUUUGAGAUCCAAUCCUCAACAAAUCGUAUCAAAAAGAACUCAUAAUCUUUUCGAUGUGGGAAUUAAACCAAGGACAAUAGUCCACAGUCAUACACCGACACUAGAACCGAGUUUAUAACAAUGCGAUAACUAUGUUGGUAGGUGACGGGCACCUAUAUUGUGCAAUUUAUUAAAAUAUUACUUUUGCUUCGUAGCCGAAAAACAGACUUAAUUUACAAGUGCGAUAACGCGUUCACGACGCUUGUGCCUGUUAGACUUUUUUUAUGUAUUGUAGAAAUUCUUCUGAAUUAUUACGAGUUACGUUGCAACUACUGGUAUUUCUACCGUUCCUAUCAAAAUCCUUAUAUGUUUCGUACUACAAAGUUAUAUUUGAUCAUUAAUGAUAUACUUAGUGAUCGAUGAUUUAGUAUGUCGUUUUUACCUAUUUUUUAUAUAGCGAUUAGCGACAUAAUAUAAACUCAGCAUCACAAUUCCUCAAUGCGAGUCGGCAGCGUUUGGACCACCGUCAAUGCUGCCUCAGAACGGUAUGUAGAGUUGCUACUGUUAGUGUGCUGAAUAGUAUAAACUCUAGCAUACAAAAUAACUCACUCGCACAGUCAUCACAGUUGUUUUCAAUAAACGAUCCCAAACUGAAUCUUGAAUCCGAUUACAAAAAUAAAUCAAUCAAAAUUAACAAAUUUUUAAGCGUGUCACAAAAAAACUUUGUUCUGUUGUUCCAUUUUUUAAAUAGAUUGAAAAAAGCUAUUGGGAUCAUUUAUUUAAAAUGCGAUUAGUUAGGCAACAGAAUAUUACUUUAUCGCUUUCUUGUCGACUAACCUAUUAAUUUGAGAGGAUAGAAAUAUGCAAGAAAUAAAAAUCGGAACUAUAUAACCUUAGCCAUUAUUACUACGUACUGUACUACCUAUAAUAUGUCGAAUGCCAAUUUCUGCGAAAUACGCUUAUUUAUCGCAACAGUUUCAAGUGUCUCAGGCACAUGAUUAUUUUAGAAACACGUCCAUUUAGUUACUAAAAAUUCGUGCGUAAUGAAUACAAUGUGUCGACAAAAUUAGGUUCAAUUCAUAAAUGAUAACAAAACUCGACUGAGCUUGACGCCACCUCUGUUGUCGUCGGCGACAAAUUAAAGUUCACGCUUUUUGCAGCACACAUACAGUAGAUGCAGUAGCCCCAUUGCAGAGAUAAUGGCUAAUAUUCUCAUUGGGUGCCAUCAAAUAAAAUAUAUAAUAAUAUAUAAAAAUACGUAAUAUUUUUUUGAUAUUGCAGACAAAGGUUUUGACCCCACACUAAAAAUCAAUGUAGAACGCGCAUGCGUGUUAACAUUAAUUUAAGUAGUCUGUGUCAAGAAUUGCCGGCGAAAAUAAUUUUCCUGAUCAAAAUGUGAAUAUUUACAAGAUAUAGUUGCGUAUAAUGAAAUAUUAGUAAAAAUACUUACAAUAUGUAAUCUAAUAACAAGUGAUUUGUGGUUUAUCGGUAAAUGAAAUAAAGAACGAGUGAAACAUUUUUCUAAUUGAACCAGAAUACAUAAGAUUUUUUUAUUGCAGUUAUUUUUUGUAAAACUUUUAUUACAUAGUAGUUAAGAUGAAUAUAAGAAGUGAUGAACUCUGUAUUAUAAAACCGAUACUAAGUAGAGUGAAAAUAUAAAUAUACAAAAAGAAGAUGGCAAAUAUUAAGCAAGUACACGAAUAUGUAAAUGGUAUAGGAAAAAAAUAAAAACAUCAAAAUGAACGAGACACUGGGCAGAGGGUACGCCCGUAUAGACGCGAUCCGUGCGGCCCGAGGCGAGCCCUUUUCCACCCUGACGGACGCGGGUGCUCCGCCCGCCGACCGCUACAACUGUGUUUACAUGACAUUAUUUCUCGCUGGUGCUGCUUUCCUGCUCCCGUUUAAUAGCUUUAUCAUGGCAGUGGAUUAUUUCCAGAAGCAUUAUAAGAAUACAACAAUAAUGUACGACAUUUCGACGGUGUAUAUAUCAUCGGCAUGUUUCGCGGUGGUCGUGAACAAUUUACUUAUUUAUUUCUUCCAUUAUACCACUAGGAUCACUUUCGCUAUACUGUUCACUUUAUGCACAAUGUUGUUCGUGACGAUAUGCAACAUUGGUUGGGACGUGUUCGUGCCGCACGUCUCCUAUACCAUCAACCUGGUGGCGAUAGGUUUCAUCGCGUUCGGCUGCACGGUGCAACAAGCCUCGUACUACGGGUUCACUGGCUGCCUGCCGCCGCGGUACACGCAGGCUGUCAUGGCUGGAGAAAGCGCAGCUGGCUUCUGGGUAUGCCUCGACAGAAUCAUCACCAAGUAUGGAUUCCCUCAACCACAACGCAGCACCUUCGUGUUCUUCAUAUUUUCAAUCCUGGUUCUGUUGGGUCACUCGCUCCUGCACCACGUGAUGAUGCGCCAUCCAUUCGUGCAGUAUUACUUAAGACUCACCAGGGAAUCGCAACUACGGCGACGUAUACAACUGCACUUGACUCCCAAUGACGACGCUACUUUGAUGGAGAACGAAGCAGGUGAAGCCAGCUUUGGUGUUUUAAAAUUGCAAAGUCCAGUCCUGUCUACCACUGGGCAAGGUGAAGGCGAAACAAAUACGUUCAGUUUCUCGAACCCGGUGUACUCGCCGACCGCACCGACGGCGCCCAUCGCGGAAGGAGAGCCCUCGUCGGCCUCGCCCUCCGCGCUCCGCACACCGCGACCCUCGUACAAAGUCGAAGAUGUUGUCAUCGAAUCACCGGAACGACCUACGACUUGGAAGGCCCUAAAGCGUGGUGUGCUGGCGAGGUGGGCCGUGGCUCGGGCUAUAUACCCCUACAUGGUGUCUAUUGGUUUAGUUUAUUUUACCACGUUGAGCUUAUACCCUGGGAUAACGUCGGAGGUGCCAUCAUGCCGGCUCGGUUCCUGGAUGCCAAUAGUUUUGAUGACCGCCUUUAAUUUCUUCGAUCUCAUUGGAAAAAUAGCGGCGGCGUGGCCGUACGAGUGGAGCCGCAGCCAGCUGCUGAUGGCGAGCGGGCUGCGCCUGCUGCUGGUGCCGCUGCUGCUGCUGUGCGCCGCGCCGCGACACUCGCCGCACAUCGUCGGAGACAUGUACCCCAUAAUGUUCUCGGUCGUACUGGGCUUUACUAACGGUCUGUUCGGUUCUGUACCAAUGAUGAUGGCGCCAUCUCGCGUGGGACGCGAGUAUCGAGAAAUAGCUGGUAACGUAAUGACUCUAUCGUACAAUGGCGGGCUGUUGUCUGGGUCGCUAGUAUCGUACCUGCUGCUGAGCAUGCUGGGCCCAGCGGGGGAGACGCCGGACUGCCGCGUGUACCCCACGCCGCUGCUGCCCACGCGACCCACGCACACCACUCUCUCCACGCUCUCCACACUCGCGUACACCACGCCGAUGACUAACAUCACCGCGGUUACUAUGUCGCAUUAAACCGUCAUUUAUAGUUGGGGUAAGCUCGAUCAUGGGGUAAGACCGUUAUACAUCUCGGAACGGAGAAUUGCCAAGGAUCCCGAGCUACGAUCAAGUCAAAAUCGCCUAUUUGGUAAACCGCAGUUGACAUUGUAUACAACUAAUGUUGCAUCUUAUUUAGCUAGUAUGAAUAUUAGGUCAUGCACACGUGAGGGAUAAGGCGUGGUAAAAUAACCUCACGUUUAUACGUGUAUUAUCCCUACACAGCACUUGUGUUGCUUUAUAAGGCUCACAGUUAAUAGAAGUGCGACACUGCUGACAAAACGAUUGAAUAUUAAAGGAUAAUGCAUUAUUAUGUGAUCAUUGAAUGCUAUUAUUUUUUUUACGAAAUUAAAAUAUUCCAUCAUUCUAAUACUUACGCCUUUAAUUUAAGCAUUGUUUGAAACUUAUACCUAUCACAUUUUUCUAUCACUAAGAACAAAUUAUAUUUUUUCUGUAUAAUUUAUAUUUUUAAAUGUUUGCACACGGUUUUUCAUAAUAUGUCACUAAAUGUAUGUAUGAAUAUUCCGCUUUUCUAAUUAAAAUUAUAAUUUAAAUAAAAUUACGAAGCGGCAUAAAAUCCCCUAACUAGACGUUUUAUUCAAUAAAAAAACUGUAGUCACUUGGUCAGGAGUUUGCUUAUUAUUAUAUUAUAAUAAUAUGUAGACUUCUUGAAAAGAACCCCUAAAUUACCUAUGUAAUUAUAAAGUGAUGUGCUCGCAUUGAUAAUAUAAUAUUGGUUUAAGACAAUCUUAUAUAUUUUCUGUGUCAGCCUUUGUAAACAAACUAUUUUAUUAUAUCGGCGUAACUGAGAGUGAAUGAAAAACGUUUAGGAGUGUGAGAUUUACCAUAACAUGUAUAAAAUUACUUCGAACUCAUAUUAUAUUAUAUUGAAAGACUUAAAUUCAACAAAGUUUUGAAUAUAAUAUAACAAAUACUUUUCAAAAUAUGUACAGUAAAUACAUAUUACCACAAAAUUUCACGCUGCUUUUAAAGUAGAUGAUAAAUUAUUAAGUAAUAUGUUAUGAUGAUGUUAACAACACAAGUAAAAGAGAAAAUUGUUGUAAUUAGUAAAGCAUUGAGCGCACUCGUACCUGCAUCAAAGUAAAUAAUUAUUUUGUUUAGAGCGGAUAAGCUCAACGGGCUGUAGGUAUUUUUGCCCGUUAUAGAUAGCAACUUAUGCUUAAACCUUGACUGUAAAAACUGUCUUAACUUGAAAUUAGGAAGUAGCCUGUGUAUAUCUCGUUUCGUACAGGCCGGCAUAACAAACCAAUGGCGAGGGAUACACCAUCUCUCGCCAAUCAAUAGGUACUCUAUCUGGACGUUUCUCCUGUUACCACAAGGAUGAGCAAUGGAGUCACUUUGCAGUGCAAUGAAAUAAAAGUGAAACAACAUAAUCGCCUAUAUUCGACAACAUUGAUAUUUUUACUAUAAAAUCGCAAAAUCUUUCAAUUAAUCAACUCUUAAAGUGUAUUUAUUACACAUGUUUAUUAUUAUUUUCCAAAAUAUUUGUACGUAACGACAUACUUUUUACGAAAUUUCCUAUUUCAUGACUUUUUUUUGUUGAUUUUAAUACAUUUGUUCUGUCAAAUAAUAUAUAGAAUGUAUGUAUUAAGAGAUUAAGACCAACAAAGAGAAAAGAUGAGACGGAAAAAACUUGUAAUAAAUACUCUUUCUUAAAAACUAUUUCGUUACGUACAUUUAUUCUGAUAAAUAUUCUAAUGCAAAUAUCUGGUUCUAUUUCCAACAUAAAAGUUUAUUUGCAAAGUAACGCCAAUAGAAUGUAUAGCUAAUAUAAAACUAUACCUUUUGCGGAAUAAAUUAAUGUUAUCAUUUUUGUACAGUUAGCAAAAAUAUUUAAUAUUAAAGCCUUAAUUAAAUAUCAUGAUGAUAGACUGAGAAUAAUGAUAUGAAUGUAGUAGUGUAUGAAUAUAGAACUGUUUUAAUGUAAAUAACUUUAUUAGUCUAAAGCUACCUCUCGACUCGCAUUUGUUUUGAAAGAAAA